AUGGGGACACUCGUGGCCAAACUGCUUCUCCCCACGCUCAGCAGCCUGGCCUUCCUGCCCACAGUCAGCGUGGCGGCCAGGAGGCGCUUCCACAUGGAGGCCAUGGUCUACCUCUUCACCAUGUUCUUCGUGGCGCUCUUCCACGCAUGCCACGGCCCCGGGCUCUCAGUGCUCUGCUUCCUGCGUCUCGACACCCUGGACUACUUCAGCGUGUACGGGACAGCGCUGAGCAUGUGGGUCUCACUGAUGGCCCUCGCUGAUUUCGACGAGCCCAAGCGGUCCACGCUCGUGAUGUUCGGGGCCCUCACCCUGGCUGUGCGCAUCUACCACGACCGCAGGGGCUAUGGCGUGUACUCGGGCCCCAUCGGCACGGCCGUGCUUAUCAUCGCUGCCAAGUGGCUGCAGCAGAUGAAGGAGAAGAAGGGGCUGUACCCUGACAAGAGUGUCUACACCCAGCAGGUCGGCCCGGGCCUCUGCUUCGGGGCGCUGGCUCUGAUGCUCCGUUUCUUCUUCGAGGACUGGGACUAUACCUACGUGCACAGCUGCUACCACUGUGCCCUGGCCAUGUCCUUCGUGCUCCUGCUGCCCAAGGUCAACAGGAAGGCGGGCAGCGCAGGACCACCGGCCAAGCUGGAUUGCUCCACCCUCUGCUGUGCUUGCAUAUGACCGUCCCCUGGGGCACACUGCCCCCAGCCCCCACCAGUGAGCACUGUGGGCCAGGCCCCGAG